UGACGUGUAUGUAUAUAUGUAUAUUACUCGGAGAAUUAAACUUCAUGUGUCUGAUGGCUUGAGUCCAUAUAAUAAUCUCGAGACAACCCCAUGGAUAUUAACCGGUGGGAAAAUACAGCAGAAGUGAAUUUAGAAGAUUCUCCUUUCGCCUUUUGAAGGAUAAACACUGAAUCAAAAUUUAGCGCUGGAUGGGUUUUUAUUUUCUUGUUCACUCUUGUGGUUUUCUGAUGUCAAGUGCCUCACAGCCACAUCACGCGGUGUGAAACAUCCUCCUCCGUGUGCCUCCGUUUUUCUGGAUUGUAUUGUGACACCUGUGACUUCGUAAGUGUGUAUUUUUUUUCCUUCAGUCUGAAAGCUGAGGUGUUUCUCCUGGACUGAUGGCGUCUUCUGCACCUUCUUCCUCGGCUGCUGAUAUGGACCCAAACACGGCUAAUUUACGACAAUCUGCCACAAGUUUCCUGCAGAAGAACAACAGUCUGGAUGAGAAGAGUCGGAUGGUGGGCGCCUUCAAGGAGAGCGCAAAGAACCAGAUGUGUGACAACAGCGAGCGCUUCACGCGCGCAGAGACAGACUUCUCCAACCUGUUCGCUCGAGAUCUGCUGCCUGCUAAAAAUGGCGAGGAGCCCACAAUCCAGUUUCUUCUUGAGGUUGUGGAGAUCCUCACCAAUUAUGUGCGCAAGACCUUUGACAGAUCCACCAAAGUGCUGGACUUCCAUCACCCUCACCAGCUCCUGGAGGGGAUGGAGGGCUUCAACCUGGAGCUGUCUGACCAACCAGAGUCGCUGGAGCAGAUCCUGGUGGACUGCAGAGACACGCUCAAGUAUGGAGUCAGAACAGGUCAUCCUAGAUUCUUCAAUCAGCUUUCAUCUGGUCUGGAUAUCAUCGGUCUGGCUGGAGAAUGGCUCACCUCUACUGCCAACACUAACAUGUUCACAUAUGAAAUCGCUCCUGUGUUUGUUCUGAUGGAGCAACUGACCCUCAAGAAGAUGAGAGAGAUCAUUGGCUGGCCUAAUGGUGAUGGCGAUGGACUCUUCUCCCCAGGUGGUGCCAUAUCAAACAUGUACAGUGUGAUGGUUGCACGGUACAAGUAUUUCCCUGAAGUCAAAACCAAAGGCAUGUCUGCAGCACCACGACUCGUGCUUUUCACUUCUGAACAUAGUCAUUAUUCAAUCAAAAAGGCAGGAGCAGUACUGGGAUUUGGCAAAGAAAACGUAAUUCUUCUGAAGACAGAUGAGAGGGGGCGUGUCAUACCUGCUGACUUAGAGGCCAAGAUCAUUGAUGCCAAACAGAAGGGUUACGUGCCACUGUUUGUGAAUGCAACGGCUGGUACCACAGUAUAUGGAGCAUUCGAUCCCAUCAAUGACAUUGCAGACAUCUGUGAGAAGUACAACCUGUGGUUACAUGUGGAUGGUGCAUGGGGCGGAGGACUGUUGAUGUCCAGGAAACACCGUCACAAGCUAAGCGGCAUUGAGAGAGCAAACUCAGUCACAUGGAACCCUCAUAAGAUGAUGGGUGUACCAUUGCAAUGUUCAGCCAUCCUGGUUAGAGAGAAGGGCAUUCUGCAGGGCUGCAACUCCAUGUGCGCUGGAUACCUCUUCCAACCAGACAAACAGUACGAUGUGAACUACGACACCGGCGACAAGGCCAUCCAGUGUGGCAGACAUGUAGACAUCUUCAAAUUCUGGCUCAUGUGGAAGGCCAAGGGCACAACUGGGUUUGAGCAGCACAUUGACAGAUGUCUGGAGAUUUCUGAAUAUCUCUACAACAAAAUCAAGAACCGUGAGGGAUAUGAAAUGGUCUUUGAGGGCCAGCCCCAGCACUCAAAUGUUUGCUUCUGGUAUAUUCCACCAAGCUUGCGUGGCAUGCCAGAUGGAGACGAAAGAAGGGAGAAACUACACAGGGUGGCACCGAAGAUCAAAGCAAUGAUGAUGGAGUGCGGCACAACCAUGGUAGGAUACCAGCCACAAGGAGACAAGGUCAACUUCUUCCGAAUGGUUGUCUCCAAUCACGCCGUCACCAAGUCCGACAUCGAUUUCCUCAUCGAUGAGAUCGAGAGGCUGGGUCACGACGUUUAAGAGCAGAGAACUGCAGCUCUGUACACUAACGAGGCUCAGGCAUCUCGACAGGACGGUCGCACGGUCUACACAUUCAAUGGCUGUGUUUCGACAUCGUAUUGUGGUCCAAUAUGUUCUGUCCUUUUUCUCAAUGUGUUUAGAUCUUUAACUUACAGAUCACGUAGCCUGUAUAGCUACACAGUCACCUUAUAACACAGUUUAAAUCCAUUGGGAUCAUGUCGGUGCUUGUGUUUGUAAAUACAAUAUAAAGACAAGCAAAGACGCACCACCCUUUUAAUGCAGCUCGAACCCCUUUCUGUGUAGUAGUGGGGUCUGUGUGUAAACCAGUGGUUGAUCUGUAUUUUAGUGUUGUGUUUCCUAAACUUACCUUGUAGUAGGUCAUGUAAAGUGUUUAAUCAACACCUUUGUGAGGUGAAACGUUCAGUUUUCAGUUUGAAAUGUAAUGAUAUAAAUCUAUAAACAAAUACUUUAUUUAUAUUGUGAGCCAACGGUGUUUAAAAGGUAUUUCUCCCAUUUGUAACAGUUCUUCAUUUGUAUUUUAAGACAAGUUAUAUAUAAUCAAACAAGUUUAGGCUAAUGUUCUUGGUCCAGUAGUGUACUUGUGAGCCAAAGACAGAACUAGUGCCAUACAAUUUACAAUAUACUCAAUAUCCUUUGAAAUAAGCAAGCGUAUAAAUGAUAGUAUGAAUCUAUAGACAUUUAUAUAAAUAUGAAUAUAUUGUAUAUGUUUGUCGUUCAGGCCCUUAACUCUGUGCAAUCAGUGUGUUAGUGUUAUAAUGUUACCGUGUGCAUCUUUGACUGAAUGUUAUAAGCAAUCCUAUCAAUUAUCUGAAGGUAGUUAGUUACCAGAUGUAUAUUACUAAUUAUUGAUAUUCAACUCAGGCGAUUAUAGCAUCAUAUUUAAAAAAA